GCUUCCGGCUUCCGGUGAGGUCCUGAGUGGUUGCGCGCAGCCGUCAUGGCAGCGGAGGAGAAGGACCCUCUGAGCUAUUUCGCAGCUUAUGGGAGCAGCAGUUCGGGCUCCUCGGGCGAGGAGGAUAACAGCGAGCCGGAGGAGACGGGUCGCAGGGCCUCGGAUGCGGCCAAGUCGGCGGGCGGCUGCGGGAACAAGGCGGAGAAGCGGCUGCCGGGACCCGACGAGCUGUUCCGGAGCGUGACUCGCCCGGCCUUUCUCUACAACCCGCUCAACAAGCAGAUAGACUGGGAGAGGCACGUCGUGAAGGCGCCGGAGGAGCCUCCAAAGGAGUUCAAAAUCUGGAAGUCAAACUAUGUGCCCCCGCCGGAGAACUACACCGUGGAGAAGAAAGCCCCGCCUCCAGAGCUGGACAUGGCUAUAAAGUGGUCUAACAUAUACGAGGACAAUGGCGAUGAUGCCCCACAGAAUGCUAAGAAAGCCAGGCUUCUACCGGAAGGGGAGGAGACGCUGGAGUCCGAUGAUGAAAAAGAUGAGCAUACUUCUAAAAAGCGCAAAGUAGAACCAGGAGAACCAGCAAAGAAGAAAAAAUAGAAAACAACAAAUGACAAGAAUUUCUGGACUGCUAAACUUGUUGAAAUGUGUCUUUGGGCCAAUUAAGUUGAUAUUGUGGAUUAUAAUGUCACAACAUCUCUAUAUAUUAAUGAACUAAUACAUAUUGCCUCAAGAACUUUCCACUGUAGAAUUCAUUUUUUUUUAUUUAAAACUUAUAUGUAUUUAAAAUCACCAUUUGACCUGUGAUUGUGAAACUGACAACAUUGGGAAGCAUUCUUGCUAACACAGAUUUGGUGACAUGCUUUCAGAGUUUUGUCACAUGUUAACAUGCCAAUGUUCUAUAUGAACCUUUUAUAAAGGAAUAUAUUUUUAAAGUAAAUAUAUUGUACUGUGAACCUGUAGGGUGCUUUUCAACAGUGUUUGUACAGUGUAAAUAGAUCAUGAAAAUAAAAUUGCUUAUUCAAUAUUGCUAUUACUGUAUAACAUUAACAUUUGAAUAUACAUCUGUGACAAGUACUCUGCCAUGUCAUGUUUUAAGUUGUAAUUAGUAUUACCAUUUAGGGAGUGCCUCUUGUGUGCCAGAUGCUUUGUGCAUGUAUUAUCUGAUCCUUAACCUAAUAAAGUAGGUAUUAGUAUCCAUACUUUAUAAUAAAGAGAUCUUCAGUAACUUGUAUGAGAUUACACAGCCAGUGACCAGUGAGUUUGGAAUUUGAAACUCAGGAUACUUGAACCCUAAAACCAUCACAGUAAACCACCUGUCCACCAAUCAAAAUUUAGUUAUUGAAUAGAGACUACAUGAAUUACCAUCUCUGCCCUAUAUCUUCUGUUGUAGUUAGUGGAAAUCCUGUGUUCCUGGUUAUUUGUAUGACUCUAUAUGCCUAAUAUUAUUUUUUGUUAAUUUCCCCAUUAAAAAGUAAGUUUACUAAAGAGAAGAAUUGUGAAA